AUGGGCAAAUUAAACGUCACGAUUUUACGAUAUUUGACACGGGAUGAUUUCCGUGUUUUAACAGCAAUCGAGAUGGGAAUGAAGAAUCAUGAACUUGUCCCUGCAUCUUUAGCUGCCCAGAUAGCAAAUCUUCGUUACGGCGGUGUUCAUAAAUUAAUGAAAGAAUUAUGCAAACAUAGACUUCUUAGUUACGAACGUGGAAAACAUUACGAUGGUUAUCGAUUAACAAAUGCUGGUUACGAUUACCUAGCUUUGAAAGUUUUGGCGCAACGAGGUACCGUUGCCUCGUUCGGCAAUCAAAUAGGCGUAGGAAAGGAAUCCAAUAUUUAUAUAGUUGCAGACGAAGAAGGAAAUCCAGUUUGUUUGAAGCUACACAGGUUGGGGAGAACAUGUUUUAGAAACAUUAAAGAUAAAAGAGAUUACCAUGGGCAUAGAAAAUCGGCGUCGUGGUUAUAUUUAUCAAGAAUAUCCGCAACAAGAGAAUAUGCAUAUAUGAAAGCACUUUUUGAUAGAGGAUUUCCAGUACCAAAGCCAAUCGAUCUCAACAGACAUUGCGUUGUUAUGGAGCUGGUUGAAGGUGGACCUCUAUGUGGCGUAUACGAAGUGGAAGACAUCGAAUCACUUUACGACGAAUUAAUGAAUAUGAUCGUAAAACUUGGAAAUCAUGGAGUUAUCCACGGCGAUUUCAAUGAAUUUAAUAUAAUGAUGACAAACAGCGGGAAAGUGAUUCUGAUUGACUUUCCACAGAUGAUCUCCACCGAGCACAGUGACGCUAAGAUGUAUUUCGAUAGAGAUGUGAAUUGCAUUCGCGACUUUUUCAAACGACGUUUUGCUUACGAAAGCGAAUUGUAUCCAACGUUUCAGGACAUUUCGAGAGAAGAUUGCAUCGACGCUGAAAUUAAGGCCAGUGGUCUGACUAAACAGAUGGAAAAGGAUCUCCUAAGGGAAAUGGGGUUGAUCGAAACGGAAGACGAGGAAGACGAGGAAGUCGAUCAGUUAGCAGAGGGAAUCGACGAAGAGAAAGAAACUGUAAACGAAAAUGAAAUUAGUCGCUUGCAACGUGAACUCGAAAACUCUGUGAAGAGUGAAUUUGCAUGCGCAUCGAAGACGAUUGCGUCGGAAUCGAUGACAAACGAGACUGAAAAUUUGGUUACUUCUUAUUUGGAAAAUCAACUUAUAGAGGAAGGUGUUAGAGAUAUCGAUAUAAAUAGGUCAUUGGAAAACACAGAGAAACCAAAAUCGUGCGAUCGUAAUGUAAACGAUAACCAAGAAUCCGUCGAUUCGUUUCAUUUUGCUGCAAAGACGUUCGAUUCGGGAGACGAAUACGAGGAAUGUAGUAAAUUUAGUGAUUCUAGAAGUAUGCACAGUAACACUACGGCCGCCACGAUCGCGCCAGAACUUAUUAAACGGAAAGUAAAGUUGACGUUACAACGGCGCGAUAAGAAAGAUCAUUCGAGAAGAACUCUUGUGAAAGGUGAAGCGAACGCGGUUACCAGAGUCAGAAGAGAGAAUAGGGACACGAUUAUGCAAUCGACGGGAAUAUGGGGAUGGGAAUAA